AUGGCUCCGUACGCCAGGUUGAGCGGCCGUGGUUGCUGCCUACCGCUGCGCAACUUGGUAUCGGUCUCAUUACGUAACCUCACAUUGACUCCUACAUCACCCUCUCGCCCGCGGGGAAAGACAAUAGACGACGAUGCUCUGCCCAAUACCCGCGUGUCACCCGCAAAACUCUUCGCAUUGCGCGAGCAGAAAUCAUUGGUGCACUCGCGGAGCUCGAGCGAUCUGAGAAGCGUCUCUGAGAAUGCUGUCGCUGAGACAGACAGUGAACUGUCUCUGCCCGCAAACGGCAGUCCUCUCAAGGCAAAAGGGAAGCCCAACGGCACCCCACGCACUCCCCAAAGGCCUGGGCUUGCACGAGACAAGCGACGACGAAGCACGCAUGAGUGGGCGAGUGCUACGCCGCAGCGUCGGCAGGAACGGCUCGAGAAUGUGAUCCAGGAGCGACUGGCUGAUGUAUUCUUCAGCGUGCAUGUAAAUGGUGUAGGGGAGCCUGUAUACAUUAGUGAAACCAUCGAGCGGACCAUGAACCCAACCUUUAGGCACGUUGACUGGUCAGGCUGUGGUGCGGGCGUCAUGCGACUAGACCACUUCACCAUUCGUUUCUGGGUGGACAGGACGAACGCAGGACGCUGGAUACUGCUGCUUGAACUGUCGAUUUCACUACGAAAACUGCAGUACCUUGGCAGAGGUCUUGAUCAGUUACACCAUCCACUUCCACAAAACGCAAUAAUUUUUCACCUUACAGACGGCAUUUAUACAAUCUUUCCGUCGAUAUCGGAUUAUGUACCGCCGGUCACAGCUCCAUCCGCACGAGCGAAUAGUGCGCGAUUGCUGCCGACUUCAUCCUUCGAUGCACUGCUCAGGCUUGCAAAGCUUGACGACAGUAUCCAGGAUGCGCUCGCGACACGCAACAAGCUGGCAGCAGAUCUCGAAGACCUACUAAAGGCGAACGGGGAGGCCUUGUCGGACCGUGACCGUGUCCCUGAAGCCGAAGACAGGCUUAAGACCAUCGACUACGCCAAGAAAACUGUCGAGAAGCAGCUUGAGAAGGCACGCAAGCAGCAGGCAGAAAAGCGGCAAGCUCUGCAGAAAAGGCGCGAGCUCAUGCGGACCGACCAUGACCGUCGGAAGGAGCAAUCAGUGGAGCUGCAACAGGCGCGGCCUGAGCUUCCGAAAAUGGGUGAUGAGCGUUCUGUCAGAGCGAAGGCCAUCCGCAACCAGCGACGACGCAUCUGCGAGGACGUGCAGAAGAUCUGGCCCAUCCUACCUGUGCCUGGUAAAAGUCUCCAUUUCACCAUACAAGACAUACGCCUACCCGAUGCCGAUAGCCUGGAUGACGAACCAUCGGACAAGAUCGCGGCGGCACUAGGCCAGGUGGCGCACAUUGUACUCAUGCUGGCCUUCUACCUCUCCCAGCCGCUACCCUACCCCGUUAACCCUCGCAGCAGUAACAGCACGAUCGAAGACCCCCUCUCUCUGCUUAAAACCAAUGCAAGCACAACACAAACGUACAACGACGAAAAGGCUCUGCGAACGUACCCGCUCUUUAGCAAAGGCGUGCCGCGCUUUCGAUUCGAAUACGGCGUCUUCCUGCUCAACAAAGACAUCCAGAUACUACUUGAGAACACGUACGCGGUCAGAGUAUUGGACAUUAGACAGACGUUGGGUAAUUUGAAAUAUCUGCUCUAUGUAGCGACUGCCGGUGAGGGGGAGUUGCCGGCGCGGAAGGCCGGUGGGAUUCGAGGAUUGCUGAGAGGGAAGGUGGAUGAUACGCCUGACCUGUCCAGAACGGGUAGCGAUGACUCGAGUGCUUCGUUGUUGAGUGGAACGUUUGGGCAUAAUGGGAAGAUGGAGGGGAAGCCAAAGGGGGCGGUUGAUAGUCUGAGAAGGACUAUUGGUUCGCUGGAUGGAAGUCUUAAGCGAGGGUAG